CGACUAUUAUUUAAUAGUUUUUCCGUAUAACAACCCUUGUCUUUUUCAGUUUUCUUUCAUUCUUUCUUGUUGUGCUCGCAAUGACCUUUAAAGGGUUUUUUGGGCUGUUGUUUCUGCUUCUGGCUGUGUACUGUGGGCUUGACCCCUUCAAACACAGUGCCAUAUCGGAGUUUCCGGAAUUUGUCUCACUCAAGGUGGAAAUGCCCGAUUGGUCACUUGUUCCAACGGAUAAAGACGAACAAAAUUUGCUUCAGAAGUCGGAAAUUAAAUUCUUGAACCAGGUACAGGGCCCUGAAAGCAUUGCUUUUGAUCCUCUUGGCCGUGGUCCUUAUACUGGUGUUGCUGAUGGCAGAAUUCUCUUCUGGGAUGGUGUCAAGUGGAACGAUUUUGCUUAUACUUCUAAUAACAGGUCAGAAUUAUGUGACCCGAAGCCAUCACCUUUUGCUUACUUGAAGCAUGAGCACAUCUGUGGCAGGCCUUUGGGGCUCCGGUUUGACAAGAAAACUGGUGAUUUAUACAUUGCAGAUGCGUAUUUUGGACUUAUGAAGGUAGGUCCAGAAGGUGGAUUGGCAACAUCCCUUACAACAGAAGCAGAAGGCGUGCCAUUGAGGUUUACUAAUGAUCUAGAUAUUGACGAUGAAGGGAAUGUUUACUUUACUGAUAGCAGUAUUCUUUUCCAGCGGAGGAACUUCAUGCAAUUGGUUUUCUCUGGUGAUGAUAGUGGAAGGGUUCUCAAGCAUGAUCCAACUACAAAACAAACAACGGUUCUUGUAAGGAAUAUCCAGUACCCUAAUGGUGUGUCCUUAAGUAAGGACAAAUCAUUUUUCCUCUUUGUUGAAGGACGUGUUGGCAGAUUACAAAAGUAUUGGCUGAAAGGUGAGAAGGCUGGUACCUCAGAAGUGUUUGCCAUUUUACCUGGAUUUCCUGACAACGUCCGAACAAAUGAAAAAGGUGAGUUCUGGGUGGCAAUCCACUGUCGGCGGUGGAAAUAUGCUUGCUCUUUGGCUCUAUUCCCUAAACUUAGGACAUUCAUUCUUAAACUCCCAAUAUCGGCAAAGAUACAUUACCUCGUACAAAUUGGGGGAAGACUCCAUGCACUGGUUGCCAAAUACAGCCCAGAGGGGAAGCUUUUGCAGAUAUUGGAGGAUAGUCAGGGAAAAGUUGUUAAAGCAGUUAGUGAAGUAGAAGAGAAGGAUGGUAAACUGUGGAUGGGAAGUGUUCUGAUGCCCUUCAUUGCCGUUUACAACUUACCUUGAUUAAAGUACAAAUCUAUACAAUACAAAAUCUAGAGAUGGAAAUUAAUAAGAUUGCACCAUAUAUAAUAAGCUUGGGGCCCAUUCAGCUCUUGGACUAGCCCAUUGACGGUGACAGCCAGUCCAGGCCCGAGGGACAGCCAAUCCAUGUCUUGGUUAUUAGGGCUAGACUUUUUCCUUUUUCAAAACUAUGUGUAUUUAUUUUAGGUACACAAAUAUGUAUAUAUUUAUAUAUGUUAUUAUAUGAUUAA